UUGAGACCGAGUAUGGGACAUGAGAGUGUAAGAACAAAGUGGAUCUCUCCAUGGGUUCAGUCACACAAUUGUAUUUGGAGAAAUGGUAGCACCAUAGCUGCCCUCUUUUUCUAAACAAGACUGGAUUUCAGCAAAAUAUUCAAGAAGCUGUGGGCUGAAUGCUAAAAAUAACUGAAUCAGUGUGUUAAAUUUAUUAAUCUUUAAAUAUAUUAAAAGAAAAGAUAACUAGGGAUUUUUGUUUGCACGUUUUUGUGAAUGAAAUAAUGUGUACAGUUUACAGGCACUUUACCAACCUCAGCAGGUCCCUACCAUAUUUUUGUUUGCUUCAAAUCGUUUCUGGAGGCAAGAGUAACCACGCUUCCUGAGGGUAUUCAAGAAGAGUAAGAACAGGAGUCAUAUGCCCCAUUCCAGUGUUCUUGUAUGUAUAUGGGGUGCCAUCAGAAGAUUCACAUUUGAGUGGCAUCAGUGGAAAAAAAACCAAACCUCUUGCAUGGAUUCUAAGGAACAGAAACAGUGAGGUCUAAUGGAACUACAGUCUAUUCACAUUACUUUGAAGAUAAUGAAAAGAUGUCUUUACAGAAGGUAAAAUUCACCUGUGUGCACAUGAAGCUGAAGUACCUUGAGUCAUACAUAGUUGUAAUUGUCCUUCUGUACAAGCGUAUCAGUUGGCAAAGAAUAAGGGCAGGUUAAAUAUUUGCUCUUCUGGAGAGAUCCUGCAUCAACAGUGAGGAGAAUACACUUCAAAUAUGAUAUGGGAUAUCUCUGGAAGUAGAGUGAAAUACAACUGCAUUUCUAGGAACUUAAACUUACUUUUAUACUGAACUUCAAGUAUUGAAAAGCUGGAUUAGCUCCCGAAUUUCAUUUCUGCUGUUCUGUUUCCUACCUCUGCAGAAUUGCCUAUUGCAGCAACUUCUAUUAACAAUGCUCCUAAAACAUGUAGCUAGGUGUCUGCAUUUUAAUGAACACUUGUAGCUGUAGCUGUCUAUUUUAAAAUUAUAGUAUAGCAGAAAUUAAAAAAAAAAAAAGUCUUUUGUAUUUGUGCUGUGUAGGAUGGGCUUAUUUUUAAUUAGCUAGAAAAGCUAGUAACUUCUUGAGUAGUAUGAUAUUAUAUAAAUGAAUUAAAGCAAAUUCUAAAUCAUCUGCUCAAGUUUCACAGACCUCUUAGUGCUUAUUAAAUAAUUAUAAUUUAUUAGUAAUAUCCUGAAACCUCCCAUUUAAUAAAAUAAUCACUAAAUACAGAAUUUUCAUGCUAAAACAGCAUGUAAAAUAUUGCAUUUCUAGCAAACUUUAAACUAAUUUUAAAUAGCUCUAGUAUGUUUAAUCAUUUAGUUGAAAUUGUAAUUUUCUUGGAGAUUAAAUUCUCCCCUACCCAUGCUGUGAAAGUUUCUUACAGGCAUUUAUUUCACAUGAAUUAAAAUGAAGUACUGAAUAGUGAAUUCACAUUUGACUGUUUAAUUAGCAAUAAUAAAUGAAGAUAAGUCUGCUUAAUAGUUAAACUUAAAUUGAACUUCCCUAUAACUGUGCAUCUGAUACGUGUUUCCAAGUAUCAGAAUCAGAAAUUAAGCCCUACUGUAAAUUCAUUUUUCUAUGCAAGUUUGACACAAUAAAUAACUUCCAUUUUUUAUUUUGUACAUUUAAUUUUACAGGUUUUUAGUAAUAAAGUAAUGUUUUUACCAGUUUAAUUAUGAAAUACUCCCUUAAAUUUUAGGUAUUUCUAAAAUGUUAAGAAAAGGCCAAAUACAACUUUUUGCAUUUACUAAUAUUUAGUGUGCUUGUUGCAUAAACCACAUUGUUUAAAGUCAAACUUAACACAGCAAUCAAAAAUGUCAAAAAGACCUCAAAUUCAUAUUUUUGUGGGAGCACCGUGUAUUCCAGGCCUGCUGGAGGUGUCAGAGCAAAGCAGUUCAGCACCUGCUGCUGAAAAAUGGAGAGAACUCUGCUGUUUGUAUGAUACACAUAGUCUUUUUUCUGAAAAAGUCAAAGGUGCUGACCACUUAGUGUUUCAGGCAGAAAGCUCUGUAGUCACAGCAGUUCCUACAAAUGAUGACAGCUCUCAACAGUCUGAACAGGGGAGAUUAAUGGAUGCAAAAGAAUAUUUGAUGUCUCUUGUAUCUGCAGCAGUAACUUGUACCAGCACACCUAAGACCACCGAAAGUUUAAUUUAUUCUGAUUUUCAAAUACCUAAAGACAGAUGCACACAUGGAAAUGUAAGCCAGGCUGCAGAUCAACACCUUCCACAAAAAUUUGCAGAAUCAGCUAGACAAGAUAAACAAUCACAUGGCUGUUGUUCAGACCUCACUGAAAGAAAAGCUAGUCAUUUAGAAGUCAACAGCUCUGACAUUUCUCAUUUGGUUGCCAGUACUAAGCAGAUUACCAUACACCUAAGGCCUGUGGGACAAGAUGUUCAAUCGGGUUGUAGAAGUGAUCAGCAUGAACAUCUAAGUCAAUAUCUGGAUAUGUUUUUCCUCCCAAAUCAAGAGUUAAAACCAAAAGGAGAACCAAGUGAUUGUUCAGACUUUGCAGUGUCAACAGAUACUGAAUUUCAUAGUAUAAUGACAUCAAGUCAGAUGGCUGUUUUUGUGCAAGAUUGGAAUGAGAUGCAGAACAGAAUCAUAAAACUAUCAGGAACAGGCAAAAAACCUGAAGAAAGGCAGUGUGAUCACCUCCAAUUUGUUUCUGAUGUUGGAACAUGUCUUAAUGUGCCUGAAAAUGAAUGUAAGGAAGAGUAUAAAAGUUCCCUUGAACUUUUCAGCUCUGAGAGUGAUGGGAAAAAUGUUUGCUUUGAAGCUAUAAAACAAGAAGGAAGUGCUCAGGAAAAUACAGAGAAGUCUCAAGAACUUAAUGUUCCUGGUGAGCAAUUUGUAAAUGAGAUCUGUAUUGAACCAUUGAGCUCAGGAGUAUUGUGCUCUCAAGUAGACAGUUGUCACAGGAGCUCUUCUAAAAUAGCCCGGAAGUGUGAAGAUUCCUUUCAUAUUUUUCACUCAGCAUUCAAAAGACAGCUGAAAUCAAAGAGAGCUAAACUGAAUUCUUCUCCAGCUGAUCCUGGGAUGAAAGUGGAUCAAGAGAGGAUGACAGUGUUCAAGAAACUUCAAAAGAAACUAUCACCACUUAAGAAUUGCUGCAGUAAAAAUCAAAAGUACAAUGUUUUGGUCACAAUAGUACAUCCUUGUCAUAUCAAAGAAAUACAGGUGAAGAGUAGACCAAAAUCUUCAUGUAAAGUUCCUGUAGCAACAAUUGUAGUUAUUGACCAGUCAGAAAUUGAGAGAAAGGUGGUGCUGUGGCAUGGUGCUGCAUUUUGGUCACUCACUGUGUUUCCUGGGGAUAUUGUACUGCUUACAGAUAUAAUAAUGUAUGAGAAUCUUUGGUGUGGAGAAAUCAUGCUGCAAUCUACAUUUGCCAGUCAGUUACUGAAUCUGGGGAACUGCUCAGCUCUCAAUCCAGAAGAAUUUUAUCCUAUAGUGGAUGGUGGUGUUCUCCAUACCUUAUUGGCAUACAUAUCAUCAGAAUUUCCACACUUUGGAGACAUUCCACAAAGACAAGUUCAGAGACUGGAUAGUGUUCGGUAUAUGCAGCUAGACCAGCUCCAGGCAAAUACAUUGGUUCACUCUAUCUUGAAAAUUAUCAACAUUGUUGUAUUAACAGAAUCUGUGUAUACCUACAGAGGUGGCAGCCAAAGAAAAAUUAUUCUAACAGUAGAACAGAACAGAGAUCAACACUAUAGGAUGGUGCUGUGGGGAGCAGGAGCUGCCUGGUGCCCUCAACUUCAAAGGAAAAAAGAUCACAUAUGGGACUUCAGAUACCUUCUGGUCCAACAUAGUUCUGUCUCGGGUGACUUUGAACUGCACACAACUCCAUGGUCAUCCUAUGAGUGCUUGUUUGAUGAUGACAAAAGGGCAAUUGAAUUUAAAGAAAAGUUUCAGAAAAGCAAAGCGUCCCUCAUGCAAAUGACAAAGCUCUCAGCACAUUUGGAGGAAAAAUGCUCAGGAGUGAUUCAAGUGAAAGCCCGUAUCUUGGAACUGAAGUUUACCAUUUCAGCUGGUCAGUACAAGCAACUCAUCUUCCAUGCUGACACUUCACUGGAGUGUGUUUUGGCUUCUCUGCCUAUGAUUACAUAUUCAGGUUGUGCUAAAUGUGGUUUGGAACUACAGGCAGAUGAGAACAUGAUCUACAAGCAAUGUGUUCGAUGUUUGCCAUACAACAAAGUAAAAAUGUUCUACAGACCUGCUUUGAUGACAGUAGAAGAUGGAGGGUAUGAAAUCUAUGUUCAUGUGGUGUCUGAGUUGAUGGAAAAAAUCUUCCUCAAUAUUCCUGCAGACUGGCUGAGCAGAUUAGUAGUGCCCUCUUCAGAUAUGAUCUACAGCACAAUAGUAGCAGAUCUGUGUCAUUUGCUGCUAUCAGAUAAGGAAGCAUCCUAUUUGUUGGAAAUUAGGAGCCAUUUUGUGCUAGAUGAAAACAGCUAUCCUUUGCAAAAGGAUUUCCAUCUGCUAGAUUUUCAUCCUGAUCUUUGAAGUGUUGACCUCUGCAAUAACUGAGUAACAGAGACUGUAGGAACACACCGAUGGCAAACAGAAGAAAAAAUGAAUUAGCACAAGGAAGCAAAUCUCUUUAAAAAUACAAGAAAGGAUUUUGUUUUUAAUGUAUACAAAAAACACCCAAAAGGACUGGUAUGGAAUGUCUGCUAAUAGCACAUACUGCUGCUGUAAUACUGAUAAAUUGUCAUAAAGUAUAUUUUUAUACAUACAUUUUUAUCUUAAUGAACUCUUACUGGGUAUCUGUUUUCCUUUUCUCCCCAGAAAAGGUCACUAGUACUGAGAGACUGCAUUUUUCUCAGAUAUGGCAGAUUAGAGGAAGACUGCCACAGUUCAGUAAUAUUUUAGUUACAAGGUUUUUGUUUUUCUUACCCUAUAUGCUGUCUGUAACUUGGUUAUGUCUUUGCUUGCUUUGCUGUUGUGGUUGCUUUCCUUCUUUUAACAGCAGAAUUUCUGCCAUUGUUUUCUCUUGUAAAACAGAACCAUCUCACUGAACCUAAUUUUGUGUAUCUAGAAGUUAUUGCACCAAUUUAAGAGGUUUUAAACAGUUUAAACUGGUGCAUUCUUUCGUGGACACUUUAAAUGAUUUAAUUGUUGUAGUAUUUAUUGUUGUAGUAUUUAUCCAGCAUAAGCUGGCAAAUAAACUUAAUCACCUUAAGCCAAUUUAAUCAGUUUAACACUGGUCUGCAACAUUUUCUCCCAACUUGAUCAAAUUUAGAAAUUAAUUUAAUUCUUUUUGAAGUCUUACUGUAUUUUGAUAGUGAUUUUUAUCAGUAAAAGACUGAGUAAAUGAUGACUGCACCUGACUUCAUAAAGUAACAAUCUCUCAGGCUUCAAACAGAGCUGUUUGAUAAAUCGAGUUGUCAAAUGGAAGUAAUAUGACUGUUGAACAGCUUUCAUGUGCUGUUUCUUGGAAGUGGCUGCUUACAAUUGAAUAAUGAUGUUUCUUGGUGCUAGUUUGGAUUCUGUUGUAUCUCAUGGGAAACCAGUUUGGGAGUGGUGGUUUUUAAUGAUGUUGAUUAGAGCUAUGUGUAAGCCAUGCAUUUUCUUGUGUACCAAUAAAGGGAAAGGUAGUAAUGUUUCUGAUCAGUCUGGCAGCAAGAGAGAAUCCUAAGGACUGUUGGAUAGCAUUGAAGAAAUGAAUUCUCAGCUGAAGUUUCAUGAGGUCACUUAUCUUAUUUCUGUAUUUAACUACUUGUGUACUGAUCAAUCUGGUCAGAGUCUGUUGAUCAAACAAGUUCGUGCAGCUCUGCUCAUAGCAAACUUAGUCUUCUAGUUUAAGCUCUAGCCAUCUUGUGAUAAAAUAAUU